ACCGAUUCAUUGGGCAGUCUCUUUUAGUCGUAUGCCCAUUGUUGAGCUGCUCGCGCAAAGGAAGAGUUUUGAUCCGGAUGUCCAGGAUGGCUCAGGUUGGACGCCUCUCAUGAUUGCCUCGAGUCUGAGGGAUAGUGAGGACUUAGUUGAACUUCUGCUUCAGAAAGGAGCGGAUGUGAACAUGAAAAAUUUUAACGGGCAGGUAUGGAUUUACAAUUCGAUAUAGCAAUGCUCGCAUGAAAACUGUCCCGUCAUUGAUGUUUCCCUC